CGGAAGUGGGUGUGUUCGGGCAUCUGUAAUAGGGUACCACGCUGCCUAAAGAAAGGAUGUGAUUGGGGGAGUUGUGGUGGUCGGUGUGCUGCUGUCUGGAGGGGAAGGCCUGUUUUGGAGACAUCUGUUAUGCACAUAACUUAAAAUGGCUUCCAGGGGAACAAUCGAGACCAGUAAAUUGAAACAGAACUUGGAAGAGCAGCUGGACAGAUUAAUGCAGCAAUUGCAAGACUUGGAGGAGUGCAGAGAUGAGCUGGACGCAGAUGAAUAUGAAGAAACUAAGAAGGAAACAUUAGAGCAGCUGAGCGAGUUCAAUGAUUCCCUGAAGAAGAUCAUGUCUGGAAAUAUGACCCUGGUGGACGAACUUAGCGGGAUGCAGUUGGCUAUACAAGCAGCCAUCAGCCAGGCUUUUAAAACCCCCGAAGUCAUCAGGAUGUUUGCCAAAAAACAGCCCGGACAGUUGAGGACACGCUUGGCCGAGAUGGACAGAGAUCUGAUAGUUGGAAAACUGGAGAAGGACCUCUACACCCAGCAGAAAGUGGAAAUCCUUACUGCCCUCAGGAAGCUUGGAGAGAAGCUGACUCCCGAUGACGAGACGUUUCUUUCGACGAACGCAGGAGCUGCUCUCAGCCAGUUUGAGAGAGUCUCCAGUGACCUUGGAUCGGGAGAUAAGGUCUUCGCGCUGGCAAGUUUUGAGGUAGAAAAAUCGAAGCAAUGAAGGUGUUCUUUAUGUGGUUUUUUUCCAGGCUGUUUCGGUCCGCCUCAUUGAACUUCCUUUUCUUUUCUUUUUUUUACCAUGUUGUAUUUGUGUGUUUCUUAUAAACUUUUUGUACAGCUCUUUAUCUCGAACAGCAAACUAAUGUAAAGUCUAAACGUUUUUUAAAGUGCCCUUUGCAAGCGCAGCAACUAAAACACUUAAGUGGUACUUUUAAAUCAUACAGGACAAAAAUCAACCCACCUAACUUUCUGUGAUUGUCAUCUUUUGAACGGACGCAAAUGUGUUAGUUCCCCUCCACCCAAAAUGUCUCAAAAAUGUGCAUUUCUCUAGUAAAAUAUUCAUUCUCUCUC